AUGGCCGAAGACCCUCGCAUGUCCGCUGCGGAAGCCUCCGUUAUCAACGCGGCCGCCGUCACAAGAAACUAUGCCAUCCACCCGCGUAUCAAGUACAACACUGUCGCUGGUGUGAACGGUCCUCUUGUUAUUCUCGAGAACGUCAAGUUCCCCCGUUACAACGAGAUUGUCAACCUUACCCUCCCCGACGGAACCGUCCGUGCCGGUCAGGUUCUUGAGGUCCGCGGCAGCCGUGCUGUCGUCCAGGUUUUCGAAGGUACUUCCGGUAUCGAUGUCAAGAAGACCCGUGUCGAGUUCACCGGAGAGAGCUUGCGCAUUCCCGUCUCCAGUGAUGUUCUCGGACGUAUCUUUGACGGUUCUGGACACGCUAUCGAUAACGGUCCCAAGGUCUUUGCUGAGGAUUACCUUGACAUCAACGGUUCUCCCAUCAACCCCUACUCCCGUAUCUACCCCGAAGAGAUGAUUUCCACCGGUAUCUCUGCCAUCGACACCAUGAACUCCAUUGCUCGUGGCCAGAAGAUUCCCAUUUUCUCUGCUGCCGGUCUUCCCCACAACGAAAUCGCCGCCCAGAUUGCCCGACAAGCCGGUUUGGUCAAGAGACCAACCAAGGACGUCCACGACGGUCACGAGGAGAACUUCUCCAUCGUCUUCGGUGCUAUGGGUGUCAACUUGGAGACCUCGCGAUUCUUCAAGCAGGACUUCGAGGAGUCUGGCUCGCUCGACCGUGUCACUCUCUUCCUUAACUUGGCUAACGAUCCUACUAUCGAGCGUAUCAUUACUCCUCGAUUGGCUUUGACCACCGCCGAGUACUUGGCUUACCAGACCGAGAGACACGUUCUCGUCUUGCUUACCGACAUGUCCUCGUACGCCGACGCUCUUCGUGAGGUUUCCGCCGCCCGUGAGGAGGUCCCCGGUCGUCGUGGUUACCCCGGUUACAUGUACACUGAUUUGUCGACCAUCUACGAGCGUGCCGGUCGUGUUGAGGGCCGCAACGGUUCGAUCACUCAGAUUCCUAUUCUUACCAUGCCUAACGAUGAUAUCACUCAUCCUAUCCCUGAUUUGACCGGAUAUAUCACUGAGGGACAGAUCUUCGUCGAUCGUCAGCUCUACAACCGUGGUAUCUACCCGCCAAUCAACGUCCUUCCUUCCCUCUCCCGUCUUAUGAAGUCCGCUAUCGGUGAGAAGCUUACCCGCAAGGAUCACGGUGAUGUCUCCAACCAGCUCUACGCCAAGUACGCUAUUGGCCGUGAUGCCGCCGCCAUGAAGGCUGUCGUCGGUGAGGAGGCCUUGUCGCAGGAGGACAAGCUCUCGCUCGAGUUCUUGGAGAAGUUCGAGCGCAGCUUUAUCUCCCAGGAUUCGUACGAGGGACGUACCAUCUUCGAGUCAUUAGACCUCGCCUGGUCGCUCCUCCGUAUCUACCCCAAGGAGCUCCUCAACCGUAUCCCGGCCAAGAUCAUCAACGAGUUCUACCAGAGAGCCCGUGCCGAGGCCGCCGGAACCCCUGCUCCCGCUCCCACCGAGCCCGAGGCCGCCGCUGCAUAA